UAAGAGCGCCCAACGAACAUUUGUUUUUAGCUUAGCUGAGACACACGAGUGACAUUCUAACCGAGCGAGGGAAAAUAAGUUCAAGCUUAUUUUGAAUUAUUUAAACACUCUUGCAAACGUCUUGCACGACCCCAUAUUUCUGGAGUGGAGCUGCUGCCAUGCCGGUGCACCGGGACCGGGAGAAGAAGGAGAGCACGGCCGAGGAGAUGGAGGUGGAGGAGCACGAGCAGGAGGCGUCCAGCUCCGAGGAGGAGGACUCCGACACCUCCUCUGUCUCCGAGGAUGGAGACAGCUCUGAAAUGGACGAGGAGGACUGUGAGCGGAGGAGGACGGAGUGUUUGGAUGAAAUGACCAACCUGGAGAAACAGUUCACCGAUCUCAAAGACCAGCUGUAUCAUGAGCGCCUCAGUCAGGUGAACAGCAAGCUGACGGAGGUGGAGGCCGGCAGGGCGGCGGAGUAUCUGGAGCCUCUGGCCGUGCUGCUGGAGAACAUGCAGGUCCGCACCAAGGUGGCAGGCAUCUACAGAGAGCUGUGUCUGGAGUCUGUGAAAAACAAGUAUGAGUGUGAGAUCCAGGCAGCGUGCCAGCACUGGGAGAGUGAGAAGCUGCUGCUGUUGGACACCGUCCAGAGUGAACUGGAGGAGAAGAUCCGCAGACUGGAGGAAGACAGACACAGCAUAGACAUCACAUCAGAGCUGUGGAAUGACGAGCUGUCGGGAAGGAAGAAGAAGAAAGACGCUCUGAGUCCAGACAAGAAGAGGAGGAGACCUUCAGUGGUGUCUGGCCCAUAUAUAGUUUACAUGCUCCCCGACCUGGACAUCCUGGAGGACUGGACCGCCAUCAGAAAGGCCGUGGCCACGCUGGGGCCGCACAGAGGGAAGUCCGACUCCGACAGCCCCGUGUUCCCAUUCAGACAAGACAGAAACAGGCCCAUUCUCAACUGCUGAGGAGCACACACACACACACACACCACACACACUUUACAAAGCACAUUAAACACACAGGAAUGCAAACACACAGACAAUACACCAGAUAUAAGGUACAGUAAUGUAUCCCUUGUAACAGUCGAUUGGCUUUACUGCUGUUGGCGGGGUAGCAGCAACAUUUAUUUGAGCCACCUGGACGCCACAUUUAGACUGUUUUCACCGUUUGCCAACUCUUUCCGGAGGGGAACAAGACGUUUUGCUUGCUGAUCAAAGCCACAGGGACAAAAAAGCUCAUUUUACAGCGGGGUUUCCUCAGAUAUUAUUCCCAAGAAUAACACAAACAAGCAAAUUGUUGGAGACAACAUUAGACAAACAACUAUUUUGUUUUUCUUGCUCAUAUCGCUGUUUUGUCUGGUGGCUUUGAAGACGGCAUAAACGGAUAUAACGACUACAGUUGGAAAAGGCAGUGAUUCAGGAAGCAGUGAAAAUAUUCAAAAUAUAGCGUACAGUAGGGAUAAGUUCCUCAUUCAACCCCGCUUCAAACUGAAGUGUCCCUGUUGAUAUAUCACAUGGACAGAGUUUAUUCCUCAAACAUGAAAGAGCUCAUAGCUGGACCUUCCCCUGAAUCCUCUGCACUCCUUAGCGAACAGCGACACCAGUCGGUAAGCUGCCUCUCGUGCCAACAGGCAAACACAAUAAAGACUCAGGGUUUGAAUCCCUUGUUCAGGACAACAGGAAGAGAAGCAUCAUUUCCACUCAUAUUUCAUUUACCGGUUCUUCAUUAUCGGAGGAAAGAGACGGAAACACUGAAACUGUUCAUCACAUUGUGAGGCUUCAGAAAUGACUGCGUGACCCAGGUUUCCGUCUUUUUUCCGAGAGUAAAUGUGAUCAAAGUAUUUUUUACAAAUGUGUUUGACCAGUAACAUCUCUGACAUGAACGCCAUUCAACACACGCACCACGAGUCACAUGGUUUACACCAGCUGUUCAAGAGCCUUUAAGAACAUCACAUUUUUACUUUGGGAUAAUGGAGCUUUUAUACAGAAGAGGAUUAGGACUCUGAAUUGAGUUUGGAUCUGAAGUCAGAAGUCUAAGAAAAAAGUCUAACUUCUGACUUAAUCCGAUCACAAUGUGGCCAUAGUCCUCCUCUGUACUUUUAUAACGUUUCUUUUCACAUGAUCCAGAUGUUUGCAUGUUAUUGUAAACAAUGUGAGAUUUGUAACGCUAAACCUAGAGGGUGAUUGUGGAAGCUUCCGGCGCCAUAAUAGGAAACACCGGUGGUUCAUUGUGCCAUUAAAACCUUUUUUUACGUGGAUCAGUUUAAAUGACUUGUAUGAGACUUAUUAUUACGUUGUUGUUUUUCUAAUUUGUGUACCGUUUUGCAUCCAGCACUCCACAGUGCCUACUCUUCACGUUGAAUUGAUUGCAUGUUGCAUAUUGCUUUUUGACGCCUUGGUUGCGGUGAUUGUGGUCGAGACAAAUGACUAAUUAGUGAGAGCAAUAGUUCAAAUGAAAAUAAGGCGAUACAUAUAAAAAAACAUGUGCAUACGUUGCAUACGUGCAAGACAGACUUAGUGAGUACAUUAAGAAAGAAAAAAUAAAGAUUUAUAUUUCUUUUUGACAUUUAGUCGUUUAGUUUGUUACCUAGGAAGUCACAAUAACAAACUAAAUGACCAAUGAAGGGAUGGGUAGACCUGUUUUUCUGGGGGCUUUGAAGGGCGUUCUGAUGCAGCGAGGUAAAGCAGUGUAACAUUAUGAACACAUAGCAUACACUCUGAUAUGACAGCCUUUAAGGACUGCUCAUUGCAAACCAGUGAUGAAAAAGCGAUGAGUCAUGCUAACAAAAUCAUUUUGGAACUUGAGUGACAAAUCAAAUCAAAUCCCAAGGAAUGAUUUGAAAGUUGGUAUUCACAGGCAUCUACCCCCUCUCUUCAAACGUCACGUGUGCAUUAUGGCUCAUAAACGUUCAAAUGCUUCCAUCACUAGGACCAUACUGAGUCUUUACAUACAGCCCACUGUUUAGAACGGAGUCUGAACAAACUGCCAUUUAUUCAUAUUCUUUUCUUAAACAGCUUUCUGAACAUUAGGUUGUUGGGGAUGUUCAAAUCAAAAAAAUGAUUUUCUUUUUGACUGUUAAUGUUAAAUAUUGUGUCAGGUAUAUUUGUGUUGAUUGUGUGGGUUUUACAAUAAAAGUUGUUUUAUAAAUA